AUGCAAAACUACGAAGGCUACUAUAACCCAAACACUCACUACAGCGACUACGACACAAGGACACGCGCCGAAGACGACACCCCGGGAUAUGUCGGGGGGUCAUGCGUCAAUGGAGAGUGCACAGACAUGGAAUGCCUAUAUAUACCGUGUGGCGAUGGUGUGGUUAGCGGGGUCUGUGGGCCAGAUGCCAACCUGAUCACGUGCGAAUGCGACCCUUUAUCUGCAUUCCGCCGUGGAUGUGUCCUGAUGUGGGUCUGCAUUAUCAUAUUCUUGCUGCUGUUUGGAAUUCUGGAAUUUGCUGGAUCUCUUAAUUCUACCCCAAAAAAUGGCACAGACCUCUUGCUAAACAAUGUUCUCAUGUAG